AUGUCGAUACUAAAACGUCGUUAUAUAUUUCGUAUAACUUUUUGCAUACCUGUCGUAUGGUUUCUUAUUGCUCUUAUUAUUUUAAAAUCAAAUUAUUUAAGUAAAGGUACGUCCGAUAAUCAAAAUGAAAUCGUUAAUGAACCUAUAGUAUAUAAGAAUAAAUCGAAUAAUGCGUUUAAUUUUGUUCGACAACUAAAAAAAAUUGGAUCAAAAUUUAGACAAAUUCAUAGAGAAGGAAAAUUAGUAGCACCACAUGUUGACGAAGAAAUAUCUGGUGCAAAUGCACCUGGUGAAAUGGGUACAGCAGUUGAAAUAGAUCCAAAUCAAUUAAAAUCAGAUCAACUUCGAAAAUAUAAGGAAGGAUUUAAAAAACAUUCGUUUAAUGAAUAUGUUAGUGAUUUAAUAGCAAUAGAUCGUAAUCUACCUGAUGUUCGUGAUCCAGGUUGUCAGCAGAUUGAAUAUAAAAUACCAAAUAUAACAGCAAGUAUUGUAAUGUGUUUUCAUAAUGAAGCAUGGUCAACAUUAUUACGAUCAUUACAUUCAAUUAUUAAUCGUACUCCUUUACAUUUAUUAAAAGAAAUUAUUCUUGUUGAUGAUUUUUCUGAUAUGGCACAAUUAAAAAAACCAUUAGAUGAUUACAUAAAAAAAUUAAAAAUUGUUUCAAUAAUUCGACUAAAAAAACGUGAAGGUUUAAUACGUGCACGAUUAGCAGGUGCAGACGUUGUUAAAAGUGAUGUUCUAAUAUAUCUUGAUUCACAUAUUGAAGUUACACAAGGUUGGCUUGAACCAUUACUUGAUCCCAUAUCACGAAAUCGUACAAUUAUUGUAACACCUAUUAUUGAUAGUAUUGACGAUACAUCAUUUAAAUAUAUUGCCUCGAAACUUGAUCCAGUAGGUGUUGGUGGUUUUGAUUGGAAUUUACAUUUUAGUUGGCAUAGCUUAUCUGAAAGAGAUCAAAAAAAGCGAAAACAUCAUUUAGAACCAGCUAGAUCACCAACUAUGGCUGGUGGGCUUUUUGCUAUUAGUACAAGUUAUUUCUAUGAAUUAGGAACAUAUGAUGCUGGUAUGGAAAUAUGGGGUGGUGAAAAUCUGGAAUUAUCUUUUCGAAUAUGGAUGUGUGGAGGUACUCUAUUAACUGCUCCUUGUUCUCGUGUUGGUCAUAUAUUUCGUGCUACAUCUCCUUAUAAAUUCGUACCUGGAACAAAUGUUGUUCAAAAAAAUGCUAUUCGUCUUGCUGAAGUUUGGCUUGAUGAAUAUAAAGAAUAUUUUUACGAGAGAUUUAAUUUUAAACCGGAAACGUAUGGUGAUGUUAGUGCACGUAAAUUACUUCGACACAAAUUGCAAUGUAAAUCGUUUAAAUGGUAUUUAACUGAAGUUUAUCCUGAGUUAUACGUGCCAGAUGAUGCAAUAGCUUUGGGUGAUAUUGAAAGUCUAGGGCAAAGUACCUGCCUCGAUGUAAAUGCUGAACAUAAAAGUUUUAAAAAACCAUUAGGAACUUUUCCAUGUCAUGAUCAAGGUGGUAAUCAAUUUUUUCUAUUAAAUCCAGCUGGUGAAAUUCGUCGAGAUGAUGGAUGUUUAGAAUAUGGAGGUGGUAAAUUGAAUAUGGAUAAAGAUGAUAAAGUACUUAUUGAACGAUGCCAUGGACAAAGAGGAAAUCAAAGUUGGAUUUAUAAUAAGAACAAUCAAAUAUAUCAUCCAACAUCGGAUUCGUGUUUGGCAUUAACUGCUAAUAAACAUAUUCAAAUGCAAAAGUGUGAUGUUAAUAAUGGAUAUCAUAAAUGGUUAUGGGAUCGAAAAACAGGGAAUGUACAGAAUAAAACUGAUGAAAAAAUUGAAAAUUUAUUUUGA